AUGAAUUCGGAUACUUUACAAACAAUUACGCAUAAUGUCGAUGAUUCAGAUAUAACUUCCGAAACGAUUCAUCAUAAGUUUAUGCGACAGGCUUUAAUCAUUGCACAAGAAGCAUACGAUAACAAAGAAGUUCCAGUUGGUUGUGUGUUUGUAUUGGAUGGUAAAACUAUCAUUGGAAGUGGUAGAAAUAGAACUAAUGAAGCUUGUAAUGGAACAAGGCAUGCAGAAUUAGAAGCUGUAGAUUCAAUUUUAUCAACUAAUAAAUAUACUAGUGAUGUAUUUCGUCGGUGUACAUUAUAUGUGACAGUUGAACCUUGUGUUAUGUGCGCGUAUGCUCUAAGGCAAUUAGAAAUUAAACACGUCUAUUACGGAUGCGCAAAUGAAAGAUUUGGUGGUGCUGGUUCGAUUUUUGAAAUUCAUCAAGA